GUUCGCUCCAGUGAUCCGGUCCGGACAAUUGGCUUCCCUUCCCGCCUUGAGCAGCUAGGCGAAGGCUAAGCUAAGCUAGCUGAAAACUCCCCCACGGAUCGGUCAGCCGCUGCGCGCUUUGUGCUCCGGUGUUCAUGUUGUUCCUCGCAGCAGCGGGACAUUUCACUUUACAUAUUUUGCACGCGCGUCGAUUUACGUAGUCGCAUCGCGUCGCCAUUGCAUUUACUUUGAGGUCUAGACUGGUUCCGUUAGCCGCUCAGCUAACAGCAACCGCGCAGCCAAAAUGGCGGACAACGAGGAUGAGAGCGGCUCCGGGAGAACAAUAACAGCCGCGGAACCUCCGCUCUCGCCGGCCCCGGUUCAGACCCACGCCGCAGACUCCACGCGGCCCGAGGACGACGUCCCACCGGCGCCUGUCGCCGCCACCGCCGAGACGGGCGAGUGUACGCCGGCCGAGACGCCCGCAGAGCCGGGGGAAAGCUCGCCCGCGGUAUCCGCAGGGCAGAGCGACCAUCCCGGGGAGCAGCCCAAAGCGGUGGUCGCCGAGACACAGUUGGUGGACUUUUUACAGACAGAACAAAGCAUUCUGGUGGGUACCGAGUUCGCCAGCUUGGGCGCUGACAUGAGCAACACCACCAUCAUCUACGUGCAACCGGACGGCACACUGAUGGAGGGCUCCGGGCUGACCCCCGAGGAGCAACAGGCUCUACUGGAGCAGCUCAGCAAGCAGCAGGUGGUUCAGGUCUCGGACAGCGAGGCCGCCCAGUUGCUCCAGCACAGCCAGAGUGUCAAAGGCAGUCCAGUCCAAAGUGUGGCUCUCAACCCCAACCAGCUGCAGCAAGUCAUCAGCCAGGUGAGCAGCAAGUCCCAGCAACAACAACAGCAGCAGCAGCAGGUCCAGACCCAGGAGCAGCCGGUCAAUCAGAUAGUCCAGAUCCAGCCUCCUCAACAGCCGGUCAAGCAAAUAGUCCAGGUCCAAACCCCGCCGCAGCAGGCGGUCAAACAAAUAGUCGAGGUUCAUACCCCGCAGCAGCCAGUCAAACAGCUAGUCCAGGUCCAGACACCGCAGCAGACUGUCAAGCACCUGGUUCAGGUCCAGACUCCGCAGCAGGCAGUAAGACAGCUAGUCCAAGUCCAGAAUGCCUCCCAGCAGCUGAAGAGCGUUGCCCAGCAGGUUGCUUUGCAGAGCAGCAGCAGCAGUAGUAGCAGCAGCAGCACAGUCCAGGUGACCCCUUCCAAGUCGGAACCAGUCCGAAUCCAGAUUCAAGCUCCUCCCAAACAGGACCUGAAGCCCCGCCCUGCAUCCCAGCAGCAAAACAAUCCACAGGUGACGCUGUCAACCAACGGCAGCACUCAGAUCAUCCACAUCCAACCAGUGGUGGCUCAGCAGGGCCAGCAGUUAUUCCUGCAGCAGAAUUUGAGCGACACCCCCAUCCAGCUGGUACUCCAGGGCUCCACGCCCGUGGUGAGUUCCCUGCUCCCAUUGGUCCAAAAGUUGCCGACACCUGCAUCCGCCACUGUCACCUCGGCCUCCAAGACAACUCCCAAUCCCACAGUUAGGCUAGCCAAUGUGUCGUUACUCAAAAGCAAUGGCACUGUGGUGUCCCUCCCUGCUGCUGUGCCGUCAGCACAGCCCGGUGCCCCCGCGGCAGCAGGCGCCCCCGUUGCAGCAGGCGCGCCGACUGUAGCUAAGGAUCGAGAAAAAGAAAAAGCUCGGAAGCAGAAGAAGAAAGAGAAGAAGGCUGUCAAGGUGCAGACCCGUUCAGGCCGAGUGUCCAGACCACCCAAGUACAAAGCCAAAGACUACAAAUUCAUCAAGACCGAGGACCUGGCCGAGAGCCACCAGUCUGACUCGGACGACUAUUCGGACAUGAGCACAGAGGAUGAGGAAAGGAAGGAUGCUGCCCGAGAUGCCGACUCCUCGCUGGCCUACAGCCACAAGUCCAGGCACCACCCGUGCCAGACCUGCGACAAGGCCUAUAUUGGACAGGGAGGACUCAACCGCCACUACAAGCUCAACCCCAGUCACGGGGAGCCUGAGCCCGAGCCUGUCCGUGAAGCCCCGUCGCAAAGCCAGGGCGAUGACGAGCAGGCACCAACGCUCGCCAGUGAGACGGCGGAGGCCAGUUCAGCGGAUGCCGAUGAAGAAGAGGAAAUGGAGGAAAAACCUGAUGCCUUGGAAACAGACAAGGAGCCAGGCCCAGUGGCGGCUGUGACUGGAGGAUUCCGAGGCAUCUACCACCGGGGUCCCGGCAGGCCCCGUGGCCGAGGACGGGGAAGAGGACGCGGGCGGGGCCGGGGCAGGUCCCUAGGAGCGCCACCUAAGUUUGUUCAGGGUUCGAGCGGCUUCAUGGGCCGGCGGGGGCGCCGCGGAAGGCCCCCCAAGCUGGGCAGUGGCGUGCUGAGCCCUGAGCUUCAGGGGGAGAGGAGACGAGAGCGGCUGCAGGAGCUAGUGGAUCAAUGCGAGGACGAGGAUCUGAUGGACAUCGUUCUUCCUCGGCUCACCAAAGUCUUAAGCGUGUGGGAGAUGCUGCUUGCCAAGGUGGAGCGCACUGCUCCGCCUCGCACUCACUUCCCGGAUAUUUACCGCGAGUUUGAGUCACUGCAGGCACAAGUGAGACAGGCCGCGCAGGAUUACAUCGUAGGCCCACUAGGAGGAGGAGCCGCACCAUUGGAGAUUAGGAACAUGGAGGUGGCGCGUUCCCUGGGCAUUCUCGACGAGAUCAACCGGAUGAAGGUUCUCCCCGGCACGCCGGCGGUCUCAAGUGUUAGCAACAAAAGUAGCCGUUACAUGGAGAACUCAAAGAUGCUGCCACCGUCCAAGCGUUUCAAGAUGGAGAACAGUGUUCCUCUACAGCACAAUGGGAUUGAGAAAACAGUUGUGACCUCCGCUACCCCUGUGGUGACCUCGGUAGCCCCAGUGACACCGACAACGACGACGCCAUCCACCGCCACCACGACGGAGACGCCGCCGAUUCCCGGUGAAGCCAAACUCCAAGAUCCUCCGGCCGACAUCCCCAUGGAGGUGACCACAGCUGAGCAGCAGGUGGCCGAGGCCCCUCCACCGACCCCGAGCGAGCCGGCCCAGAAGCCUCCGGAAGCAGAGAAAGCGGCAGAGCCUGAGAAACUUCCUGAAACAUGUGUGGUCGAGGAGGGCCAGGAGAUCUACAUUGAGACGGACGGCCUGAGUGACGCGGACGGCAUCGUCAUCGUCAACGGGCCGGACGGGACCACCAUGCACAUCCAAACCCCCCAGGGGGUCCCGCUGGAGGCGGUGCAGGCCCUGCUGGGCAUCGAGGCGGCCGACCCCAGCAAAGCCAGCUGAAUGGGGAGGGGGGAAAAAACGGAAGGUUCUUCCCCUGGAACUGGUCUUUUAGUUCCUAUUUAUUUUGUACGUCCGUAUUUUCUUCUCAAGACGACGCUGGAUUGAUUUUUAUGAGCUUUGUUGUAAAUGUUUUUUUUCAUAUCUGCCUUGUUAAUAUGUAGAUAAAUGUGAGAAACACA